AUCGCCAGCAGUAGCAGCAGCAGAGAGAGAAAGAGAAAUUCGAGUCAGUCUGGCACGGAACGUCGCGAGAGCCGAGCGUGUUUGCUGCGCUCUGUCGCGCUACAUAAUAAAGCAUCAGUGUAUACUCGCUUUACUGUCGUGUGUUUGUUGUGCCAGUGUUUUAAAAUAUAUACAUGGUGUGUCAUAGCGUAGUCUUGACUCCAAAGCAAUCUUCGCUCAAGUUUUGUUCUAGUGCGCUUAUUCUGUUCAAGUUUCAUUCGCAGGAGUGCAAAGGGCUCUAGGUACACAACCUAACCUCGCGUAGUGUCCUCCUAUAUCUAUACGUAUCUCUCUCUAUAUAUACGAUUACGAACGCGUAAUUGUAUCGCUUUAAGGGUGCUCGUGGUGCUAUAUAUAAAUUUACACAUUCGUCACAUUUUCACACUAACACACGCAUACACAUGUGCGUGUACACAUACACAUCGUUCUAUAUAUACAAUCAUACGUACGAUAUAUAGAAGAAAUAAAGGCGACGAGUCCGAGUGCAAUGACAAGAUCGUCGGCAUAUGGAGUAUGUGCAGAUGAGUAGUAAUAAAAACGACGACCAAGACGACGACGAAGCUUGACGAAGCGCGACGAGGGGGACGACGACGACGAUGAUGCCCAGGGUCGCCUAUGUCCUCUUUAUCUUGCUGCUCCUCGACGCGGCGCUCGCCUCUUCUUUUCGUCGCCAAGGUCCAUCGAGCGAAUUCAGCGAGUACAGCAUUGUCAGGCCACGGGUCUACCAUGCCAGAAGCAAGCGAGAGAUCAGCUCGACCAAAGAAAGCGAUGACAAUCAGCAUACGGAGCUGCUGAGCGUUGGAAUCGAGAUCGACGGCAUCAGUCGCAUUCUUGAUCUGAAACUAAACAGGGAUCUCAUACCUGUGGGUUACAAGGAACGCUAUCAGCACGAAGGUCGCACCAAAACACACGCACCUGUUAAAACGGAACUAUGUCACUAUCAGGGCAGCAUAAGGGACAUACCAGACUCAUGGGUAGCCGUGUCAACUUGCAACGGCCUCAAGGGCGUAAUCUUUGACGGAAAAAUGAUGCACCACAUUCAACCGGAACAAGAGUCUUUACAAGCUGCGCACUACUUAUAUAAGCACUCCCACCUAUUAGCUAACGGCACUUGUGGAUACGAAGGAACGCCUCAUCACAUCUCUCAGAAGUUAACAUCGCCGCCGGAGACGAGGACCGAGAGAAUCUCAAGGCAUAAGCGAGCUGCGGAAUCGAUACGCGGUCCCUACAACGCCAAUCGACACUCUCGCUACAUCGAGCUCGUUCUCGUCAUCGACUACGACGGCUACUGGUCCCUCAACAAAAAUCGUACCAGAGUCGACCAGCACUGCAAGGAUAUCGCCAACAUCAUCAAUGCCCUUUACGCGCCGUUGAACAUCUUCGUUGCCCUGGUAGGCAUCGAGGUCUGGACGGACGUCAACAAAAUAGCCGUAGUGAACAACGGUGAUCAGACGCUCAAGAAUUUUCUGCAAUACCGUAAGGACGUGCUAGUCCGAGAGAUUCCCAACGACAAUGCGCAGCUCCUCGUCAAGAUGCACUUCGAUGAAGGAGUCAUCGGUAAAGCUCUCAAGGGUCCGAUCUGCACCAAUGAAUUUUCCGGCGGCGUUUCGGUUGAUCACUCCCGAGUAGUUGGCAUAGUGGCUGCCACUGUUGCGCACGAAAUGGGUCACAACUUUGGCAUGGAGCAUGACACGACCGAAUGCAAUUGCCCGGAGGACAGGUGCAUCAUGGCUUCGUCAACUGGUCCGAUGGCACCGACCCAUUGGUCAAGCUGUUCUUUGGAGUAUCUAGCUUUGGCCUUCGAACACGGCAUGGAUUACUGCUUACGCAACAAACCCACUCGGCUGCUGGAGGCGCCGAUCUGCGGCAAUGGCUUUGUCGAACCCGGAGAGCAAUGCGACUGCGGCCUGGAGGAGAACUGCGACAAUCCUUGCUGCGAUCCGCUCACUUGCAUGCUGCAUUACAAUGCCUCGUGCGCCACCGGUCAGUGUUGCGACUUGAAGACUUGCCGACCCAAGAAGGCCGGUACAGAGUGCCGCAGUGCUGAUCAGGAGUGCGACUUACCCGAGUACUGUACCGGUGAGAGCGAGUACUGUCCCAAGGAUGUUUUCAAGAUCGACGGCGAAGUUUGCAAUUCCGGCAAGGCCUUCUGCUAUCAGGGCAGUUGUCGAACCCACAACGAUCAGUGUAAACUGCUUUGGGGUCCGACCGGCUCGUCGUCCGAUGAAUUGUGUUACUUUUUGAAUAACAAAGGUUCCAAGAAUGGAAAUUGUGGAUUCAACAGAACACUCAACGAUUACAUCAAAUGUGAAGACGAACACUCACUUUGUGGAAUGCUCCACUGCAAGCAUUUAAAUGAGAGAUUGGAAUUUGGUAUGGAGAACGUAGCUGUGCUCAGUCAUUCAUUUAUAAAUAGUCAAGGCAAAAUUAUACCAUGUAGAUCAGCCAUAGUAGAUUUAGGACUAAAUCAGGUUGACCCUGGUCUAGCUCCUGACGGAGCCAAAUGCGGCCCUAAAAAGAUGUGCGUGAAUCAAAAAUGCAGAUCAGCGGCCGAUUUGAAGCAAUCUUUGUUCGACGGUAAGGCUUGCCCAAAUAAUUGUAGUGGUAAUGGAAUUUGCAAUAGUCUUGGACACUGCCAUUGCAAUCGAGGUUACCAACCUCCUGAUUGCACACAACCUGGAGUCGGUGGAUCAUUGGACAGCGGCCCCGCAGAAGACCCUAACGCGAGGAGUGAAUACAUUAUGAGCUUGUACAUAAUCUUCCUGGGCAUCGUACCAGCAAUAGCCAUCAUCUCGUUCGGUGUUUGGUACGCGCGCAACAACGGUGCAAGCAUGAAGCAGUGGAAAAAAGCCAACGGGCCGAUGUCAACAUUGACCAGAAACUUUCAUUUCGAUCAUCCACCGCGCCAUACACCAAGCAAUCGUCACAUUACCAGCAACGGAGGAAACUGUCUUUCCAGUAUCAAAACCAUCGACCCCCUUCCGCGCGUCGACGUCAUUGAUUCGACGAGCAUCAACGGUCAACAAGACCCAGCCUGUGCUAGUUUACUUCCGAAAACUGAUCCGGAUGAGCGUUUCAACAACAACUUCUUCGGGCAAUUCAAAGGUUACAGCAUAAGUCCUCUUAUGGCAACAGCCAAUGCGGCGACCAACAGCCAAUCUGAAAUCGCUCGACCAGCUCCAACAUCUCCGAGUGUAGGUUGGAAUAUUGGAGCAACUACAGUACCCAUCAAGACUAAUUUCAAGCCCAUUCAACGCAAUAGCACCCUCGGUAGGUCACUGAUCCCGGCGAGCGAGCAGAGCGAGGAAGAGCAAGUUGCUCCAAAGCCCGUUGCUCCUCCAGCUCUGCCACCUCCUAACGCAGGCAGCACAGCUAGGCCACUCAUCAGCUGUCCUGUAUUAGCUACUACUACCUGCACUUCUGUGGAGUUCACAGCGCCGAAAGUGCCUACGAGACCCGCACCAGAGGUACCUUAUGGGAAGACAAUCCCUAUAGCUGAAAAGACUCAGCCUUCCACCACUACGAUUCCGUUAGAAAGUCCAACGGAGUCGGUUGCGAGCGAGAAAAAACGUGGAGCAGCUGAGAAAAAUGGACCGAGUACAAGUAGUACUUUGACCAGAAUAGCUUCAAUGCUGUAUCCUAUGACAGGAGUAUCUAAAACGAACGAGAGCAGUGUUCAACCGAGGUAUCACACGCAUUCACUGCCAAGAAGCCAUCAUCACAAAGCCAACAAAGUUUUAGAUAGAGAAGUUCUCCGGAAUCUCGAGAUAUCCAGUCCUAUUCUUCAAAAGGAAAUUGAAAUACCUGGGGCAGCGGUAGCCAUUAAACCGGUGUCGCCUGAAGAUGGACCAAAAAGAAACAUCCCUAUGCGAGCCCAGUCAAUGCGAAGCAGCAAAAUUACGCCGCGAUCGGGCAUUCAAAGUUUCGGUUCAAUGAGGUACCCACCUGGCGCCGAGAGACCCGUAAGUAUUUUGGCCAAGGCACGACCGACCUCGCCACCUCCAGUGCCCCCGAUCAAGAGUCCUAGCUCCGAUUCUGGCUCGCCGAGCAAAAAAGCUCAAAUUUACGAAACACCUAGCCGAGAAUCUAGGAAAGUACCCCCGGCAACUGACAUUAUUGGCGCGACCUACGACGAUUGCAUGGAUAUCGCACAAGGGGACGCCAAUCUUGUGAAAAUAAUCGAAGAAUCGCCGUCGAAUGAUGACAAUAUUUACGCCGUUAUCGAAGAAGCAUCAGCGGAGAAACCUUCAUCUAAAGUGAGUUCAGCAAAAACUGCCAAUAAAACUGAAAAUUUGUACAAAAUGCCUAAAAGCUUGGAAACAAAAAGGACUACCGACUCAUCCGAAUUACUUUCAGAAAUCGUAGGUGCAAUAUCCAAAGUUGAUAAAAAUUCCAUUUACUCGACAAAAAAUCUUAGCCCCGAGCAUGGCAAAAAUAUUUAUGCCAAUUCUGAGCAAACAAUCGACGGCGAAACGACAUAUUCCAAUUCUGUGGCGAGUUCGAGCUCUCUACAUUCGUCUCCGAUUGGUAAAGAAAUUAAGGAACCUACGAGUGAUGGGAUCUCGGAGAAAUCGACAAUUAGUAAAUAUAAAAUGCCAGAAAACAAAAUCAGCCCACCAACGAGUAAACCCGCCUUUGGUCGAACUAAAACUCCUACGAUUACGAGUAAAGUAUCUGGACAGACAAGGCUUCAAACUACUCGAUCAGGCCCCGAAUCCACUAGUUCCAUUAAAUCAGCCAGUCGCCAAAAUUCCAACUCGAGUCUUAAAAGCUUAAAGAGCGAGAUUACGUCAACAAAAGAAGGCAAGCUCAACAGUCCAGACUUAGUUUCAAGCUGCAGUUUGGCAAGUCAAAAAAAUAAGUCACCGGACGUCGUGGGUAAAAUCAAUGGUAAUACGUUAACAGCGGCAACACCAAAAACUUUAACACUGCCAAAACAAAAUAACACUACGAUCAGUCCACCCCCAUUUAACUUCACUAAAACUUCGAGCUUUGCAGAAAAAAAUAAAACAUCGACGAGCCCAGUUAGUAAGCUUUCCUCGCUUACAGAUUCAAAAGUCACUGUACAAAAAGCUGGAAGUAGUAAUAAAGUUAGUACAGUUUCUUCGUUGCAGCAAAAAUUUGAGCAGCCCGACAAAGUAACAAAAAAUAGUUUGUCUACGAGAAAAAAGCCGAUCGGUAAUGCUAGCGCUUCAUCGAAAAAAUGAAAAACUGGCUUCGGUGCUAUAGUUCAACAAUCACUCAUUCUCUGAUGAGAUGCCGAAAAAUUAGUAUUUUGCGAAAGCUUAAUCAUAGAUUGUGUAUUUAUCAAACACUCGUUUAAUGUUAUGAAAAUAUAAUUUUUCUUUCUCGCAAAGAUUGACGUGUUCCUGACAAUAUUUAAGCAACGAGUUCGAUACUCACGUUCCAGU